GCUCCCUCUGCGGUCGGAGACCUUCUUCUCGGUAGACUGAGCCUUUUUUUCAAGCUUGAGACGCGGGCUUAGACUUUAACUUCCGUAGACCCUCCUCCGCCCGCUUCCUGUCCACUCCCUCGGCUGCCCAGAGCUGAACACGGCGGCUUUAUCCGUAUUCGUAUGUUAUGAUGGGCACUUUUUCCAGUCUUUAUAAGAGCAUUUAACCAGCUGAAUAUCGAAAUAACAAUCUGGACAUUAUAUUUUAACUCCGGUGCCGUCUGCUUGUUUUUCCUCGCUGAAGUCUUCCGGUGGCCACCAACCCAAACUGUUCAACAUCAUGGGAGCUUUAGUAAAUGCCCGCAGAGGUGGAAGAUCGUCACCCCUCCUGAUAGGUGCUUUCAUCACUUGCAUCAUCUUCCUGGGUUUCAACUAUUGGCUGUCAAAUUCACGGAACAAGGAGCUGCAGACGAAGCUCUACGAACUGGAGGCCGAAGUGAGGCGUGCAUCCGUGGAGCGGGGGGCGGUGGAGCUGAAGAAGAACGAGUUCCAGGAGGAGCUUCGGAGGCAGAAUAAGUUGAUAGGCCACAUCGAGGCCCAGCACAACAACAAGCUAGGGGAGGCCACUGCCGCCUGGAGGCAAGAGAAGACAAAGGGCAGGCGUAUGUACAGUGAGAUCUUGGAGAACCUGCUUUUCAACAUCUCCUCCAGCACUAAGACAAUCCAGAGCAUGAAAAGUCAAUUUAUCACUCUGCUUGAAAAUCUGGACAAACUGCAGAAGGAAUCCCAGGACUGCCAGAGAAAUAUAAGCACCUUGGAUAAAAAACUGUCCAACGAUCUGACACAGUGUAAAAGCCGGCUUAUGGCUCUUGAGGAGGAGUGUAUGGCGAAGGUGGUGGCACCCAGGCCAGAGGCUGCGGAGGCAGUGAAGAAAGCCCCGCCCCCCCAGGACCGCCUGCAGGCCUCCCCUGGUCUCACAAAAUCUAAAAUGAUUAAGGGAGCACAGCAAGGGCUGGUGGAGAAAACAGAUAGGCAGAUAGAUGUCCAAGUCUCCAAGCAGACCAAGCCAAACCCGACUGAACUGGACACCAACCACAUUGCGGACCAAGAUGCAUCCCAGUCUGAGAAGGGCACCAUUACAUACGACAAGCCGGCUCCUGCCAGGCCAGAGGACAAGGCAAAGGACAGGACUCCUCAGGAGGAUGUGGUGGGGGUGGAGCUCGAGAAAAAUGGUCCUAAAACCAAUGACACAGAAACAAACAAGCUGCAAGUCCUGGACACGCACACAGUGGACCUUACAUCUGAUGAUGUGGAGAACGGAAGGAUGAACGAGGAGGAUGAAGGAGAGUAUAACGAGGUGGAACCCGGUGCUGGCAGGAGGGAUACGGACGCCCAGCUCCCUGGGAAUACAGGUGAAGAACCGGGUCACCUAGAGCAAGAAAUGGAGGAGAUGCUGGCAGACUAUGACGGCAACGACGAUAACGAAGGUGAAUUUGAGGCGGACAAGCAGGCUGCGCUGUUCGAGGUGACCGAUGGAUGAGGCAGUGGAGGAGUUGCCCUCCUCAGGUAUGCAGUGACUUAGCGGGUGAAGCCGUCCUCAUGGCCGAAAAACCCACGGAAUUUUCUGAAAUACAACCCCAAAUCAGAAAAAGUUGGGACAGGGUGGAAAAUGUGAAUAAAAAAAUAAAGCAGUAAUUCACAAAUGUCCCUUAACUUUUAUUUCAUUGCAAACAGUUUGAACACAAGAUAAUUCAUGUUUUUCAAGAAUGGGACAAACUAACACCUGCAACACUUAGUCACUUGAUUUCUUCAAUGCCUAAACGUCUUUUAAGUGUUGUUAAAAGACAGGGGAACUGUACAAAGUGGUAAAUGCUGUACUGUCCCAACUUUUUUU